UCUGAGGCAGGGCAGGUUAUAAGCGCAGGGACCAGUGUGCGCAGUUUGUGUGUGCGGCUGCGGGGGGAAGAUGCGUGUGCUUGUUGCUCGCCGGAUGGAGAGAGGUGGCGAAGAGAGAAUGAGUUUCCAGCGCAGCUAACAGUCAACUCCAUGCGCUUUUUAAUCCUCGACAGAAAUUCCAACUUUUUACGCAUUUUUUUCCCCGCACAUACCUGAGAUGACACGUUUGCCUCUUUUCAGGGCAUAGACUUCUAAUUCAUUCAUUCUUUAUUGAUUCUUUUCAUUAUUGGAGGCUUUUUUGGUUCUUAUUUUUUAUUUUUUUAAUCUAUUUUUUCUUUGAUGUUUUAAUUUUCUAUCCGUGGAUUUCGGUGUGCGCAUAGGCAGUGCGUCCUGUGCUUUUGAGCCUCUGACUCAGCAGCAGCGGCAGCAGCACAGCUCACCUGGUCCGGAGCGCACCGAGCCGAGCUCCCUCAUGUUCCACACAGAGCAGCACUCCGGUACGGGGGGACGGCUGCACUGAGGCCCGGCACGGUGCGGUCAGUCCUAAAAAAAAAAGAAAAAGAAAGGAGGGGUGAGACGCACAGUUGUGGAUCAUAUACCAUCUCCCGUUGUACCAGGAGACAAUCAGCAGCAGGAAAAAGCUCAAACCUCCUCCUCUUCAUCUUCUUCCCAACGUGAAGGAUUGAGAGAGAGAGAGAGGGAGAGAGCGCGCGCGAGAGGGAGAGAGAGAUUUGAAGGCUCCCUUUUCUUAUAUUGCAAUUGACUUGGGAAAAAAUAAAAAAGGGGGGAAAUAAUAAGAAGAAAGAGUGCGUGGAGAGAAGAAGAAAAAAGCAUAAGCUUGGAUAUUGAACGGAGCGGGGCAUGUGGAUAUUGGCUCUUUUCUUUUUCCAGUGCAUCUUGAAUGUUUUCGGUGAAGAUCUACGUUCCAGCUUAUAUUUUGUCAAUGCAUCUGUGCAAGAGGUAGUGUUUGCCAGCACCACAGGGACAUCGGUGCCCUGUCCCGCCGCAGGUGUGCCUCCUGUCUCACUGCGCUGGUACCUGGCCACCGGCGAGGAGAUCUAUGAUGUGCCAGGGAUCCGUCAUGUGCACCCCAAUGGCACCCUUCAGAUCUUCCAGAUCCCCCCUUCCAGCUUCAGCAAACUCAUCCACGACAAUACCUACUAUUGCACAGCGGAGAACCCCUCAGGGAGAAUCAGGAGCCAAGAUGUUCACAUUAAGGCUGUGCAACGGUUUCUCAUCACAUCCACGGGAGCCCUGUAUAUUCUGGAUGUGCAAAUGGAAGACGGACUGUACAACUACAGGUGUAUGACACGGCAUCAGUACACCGGAGAAACCCGACAGAGCAAUAGUGCCCGCCUCAUUGUGUCAGAUCCGACCAAUUCUGCACCCCACAUCCUGGAUAGCUUUGAGCGUCGCGAGGUGAUGGCAUCUCAUCGAGUGGAGCUCCCUUGCAAGGCCUCUGGUCACCCCGUACCCAAAUACCGCUGGCUGAAGGACAACCGACCGCUGGAGACAGACUCGCGCUUCAAACAGAGUGUGACAGGCCUGCUCAUAGAGAGAGCCCAGCCCAGUGACACAGGGACGUAUGUGUGUGAGGUGUGGAAUGGCUACGGCAAUGCCGAGGUGGUUGGCAGGCUGCAGGUAAAAGAGCCCCUCAAGGUCGUGGUGAGUCCGCGGAAGGUGAAAGGCAGCGUGGGAAGCCAGGUUUCACUGUCCUGCGGUGUAACGGGCUCCGAGGAGUAUCAGCUGUCCUGGUAUCGCAACGGAGAACUCAUCUACCCCAGCAACAGUGUCCGCAUGACAGGCCAAAACAGAGAGAACCUGGUCAUGGCUGGCAUGGCCAAGAGCGAUGGAGGAGCCUAUCAGUGCUUUGCAAGACAUGGCAAGAUGUCUGCACAGGACUUUGUUCAAGUCAUACUGGAAGAUGGCACCCCCAAAAUUCUGGUUUCGUUCAGCGAGAAGGUCUACAACGUCAACGAGUUCGUGUCAUUGUCGUGCACGGUGAAGGGCACGCCAGAGCCGCGGGUAACGUGGACUCUGGACGAUGAGGCCGUGGUACGGGACAGCCGCCAUCGCAUCUCCUACUACACCAACGCCGAGGGCCACGUGGUGAGUCAUCUGAACAUCAGCCAGACUCAAGUCCCCGAUGGAGGAGUGUACCGCUGCAUCUGCAACAACUCAGCUGGGACCGUUUCCUACCAGGCGCGAAUAAACGUAAGAGGGCCUGCCAGCAUCAGACCAAUGAAAAACCUCACUGCCAUCGCUGGGCGGGACAUGUACAUCCACUGCCGUGUCAUUGGCUACCCCUACUACUCCAUCAAGUGGUACAAGGACUCCAAUUUGCUGCCGUACAACCACCGGCAGCGGGCCUUCGAGAACAACGGCACCCUGAAACUGUUCGACGUGCAGAAGGAGGUGGAUGAAGGAGAGUACACGUGUAAUGUGCUGGUGCAGCCACAGCUGUCCACGCACCAGAGCGUUUACGUUACAGUGAAAGUCCCACCCACCAUCCAACCAUUUGAGUUUCCCCGGUUUUCCAUCGGCCAGCGAGUCUUCGUCCCCUGUGUGGUUAUGUCUGGUGACCAGCCCGUCUUCAUCACCUGGCAGAAGGAUGGUCGGCCGAUCCCGGCCAGCCUGGGCGUUACCAUAGACAACAUAGACUUCACCAGCUCCUUGCGUAUCUCUAACCUCACGCUGAUGCAUAACGGCAACUACACCUGCAUCGCACGGAAUCAGGCUGCCGCUGUGGAGCACCGGAGCGAGCUCAUUGUCCGAGUUCCUCCCAAAUUUGUGGUGCAACCUAAAGACCAGGAUGGCAUCUAUGGGAAAGCAGUGAUACUAAACUGCUCAGCUGAAGGCUAUCCCGUUCCUACCAUCCAGUGGGAAUACUCUAAAGGCGCUGGAGUCCCACAGUUUAAACCCAUCCCCCUCAACUCAGGCUUUCGGAUUGAAGUGUUGGUCAACGGCUCUCUGCUCAUCAAGCACGUGCUGGAAGAAGACAGCGGUUUCUACCUGUGUAGGGUCAGCAAUGACGUCGGGGCCGACGUGAGCAAGUCGAUGUACCUCAACGUCAAAAUCCCCGCUAUGAUCACGUCCUACCCCAACACCACAUUGGCCACGCAGGGCGAAGAAAAGAAGAUGAGCUGCACGGCCCAUGGUGAGAAACCCAUCAUGGUGCGCUGGGAAAAGGAGGAACGCAUCAUCAACCCCGAGACCAGCCGCUACGUGGUUUCUGUCAAGGAGGUGGGCGAUGAAGUCAUCUCCACCCUGCAGAUCAUGCCCACAGUGAGGGAGGACUCCGGCUUCUUCUCCUGCCAUGCCAUCAACUCUUUUGGUGAAGACCGAGGAAUCAUACAGCUCACGGUACAAGAGCCCCCGGACCCCCCAGAAGUGGAGAUCAGAGAAGUGAAAGACAGAACCAUCGCACUGCGUUGGACAAUGGGGUUCGAUGGCAACAGUCCAAUAACAGGCUUUGAUAUUGAGAGCAAGAAUAAAUCAGCCUCCUGGGAUACCGCACAGAAGACCAAAGACGUCUCCCCUCAGCUCAACCAGGCCACCAUCAUCGACCUUCACCCUUCGUCCACCUACAACAUCCGCAUGUUUGCCAAGAACCUGAUUGGGAAGAGUGAGGCCAGCAAUGAGCUCACCAUCACCACUGAUGAAGCAGCUCCUGACGGUCCACCUCAGGAUGUGCAGCUGGAAGCCCUCUCCUCCCAGAGCAUCCGAGUCACGUGGAGGCCGCCCAAAAAGCACCUCCAAAAUGGGGCCAUCAAAGGCUACCAGGUAGGCUACAGGGAGUACAGCUCAGGAGGAAACUACCAGUUCAGUGUGAUCAGCGUGGAGACCACAGGGGACAAUGCAGAAAGCCUGGUGUUGGAUAAUCUGAAGAAGUUCACCCAGUAUGGAGUCGUGGUGCAAGCCAGUAACAGCGCCGGGACGGGGCCGUCUUCCACCGAGGUGGCUGCUACCACACUGGAGGACGUGCCCAGUCGUCCCCCAGAGAACGUCCAGGCCGUCGCGACUUCCCCAGAGGUCAUUUCACUGUCCUGGCUGACGCCUCCUAAAGAAGCUCUGAAUGGCAACUUGCUGGGAUUCAGGGUUAUCUACUGGGCCAACCUGCCUGAUGGAGAGCUCGGAGAGAUCAGGAACGUGACAACCUCUAAGCCCUCACUGGAGCUGGAUGGAUUGGAGAAAUAUACCAACUACAGCAUCCAGGUGCUGGCCUUCACCAGAGCUGGUGACGGUGUCCGCAGUGAACAGAUUUACACCCGCACCAAGGAGGACGUUCCCGGUCCUCCGGCGGGUGUAAAGGCAGCAGCUGCAUCCAACUCAAUGGUGUUCGUGUCCUGGCUUCCUCCUCUCAAAGUGAACGGCAUCAUCAGGAAAUACACCGUUUUCUGCUCCAACCCACACCCCACGGUAAAACACACCAACAAACGCCCACUGCAGAGCUUUCUGGUCUUGCACUGUGCAUAUCUAAUACCAGUUUGUGAUGUUUGCAGUUACGAUUCUUUCUAUUGCUCCCCUGUAGAAAGAAUUUCACUGCAGGCUGAUCAGUUGUGUGUUUUUGCAGCUCCGGCUCGGAUCCUGACCUUCAACAGGACCGUAACGACCCCCUGGAUGAGGGACAUCUUGCUGCCAUGUAAGGCAGUUGGCGAUCCUUCACCAACCAUCAAGUGGCUGAAGGAGAUCAACGGGACCCCAGCACCCGUUGCGAUUGACAGCCGGCGCAGCGUCCAUACGAACGGCAGCCUCGUUAUCCGCACAGUGAAAGCAGAGGAUUCUGGGAACUACACAUGUGUGGCCAGUAACAGCUUUGGGCUGGACAAGAUUGUCCUAAACCUCCAGGUUCAAGUUCCACCUGACCAGCCUCGCCUCACAGUGACCAAGACAACCACCACCUCCAUCACCCUCUCCUGGAUCCCAGGAGAUAACGGCGGCAGCUCCAUUAGAGGCUACAUUUUGCAGUACUCAGAGGAUAACAGUGAACAGUGGGGUAAUUUUGCCAUCAGUCCAAGUGAGCGCUCUUACAGGCUAGAAAAUCUCAAAUGCGGCACCUGGUACAAGUUCACCCUAACCGCCCAGAAUGCCGUGGGCCCCGGACGCAUCAGUGAGAUCAUCGAAGCAAAGACCCAUGGGAAAGAACCUCAGUACUCUAAAGAACAGGAGCUCUUCACUAGCAUCAAUGCCACUCGAGUCAAGCUCAACCUGAACGGCUGGAAUAACGGCGGAUGCCCGAUCACCUCGUUCACCCUGGAGUAUCGGCCGGUAGACUCGCCCACUUGGACCACGGCACAGCGCACCUCCCUCACCAAGAGCUACGUCCUCUACGACCUGCAGGAGGCCACCUGGUACGAGCUGCAGAUGAAAGUCUACAACAGCGCCGGCUAUGCCGAGAAGAGAGUCAAGUUUGGAACACUCAGCUACGAUGGCAGUGAGUUCACAUGGUGGCAGGAGACCAUCUGUUUCCCACUCUUUUCUUCACAGGGAGCAGAGCGAUUUUUCUCUUUAUGUUUCCUAGAUGCAAAAAGCUUGGCUGAGAUGCUCAUGAGUAAAAACACGCGUCCAGCAGAGCCGAUUAACAAACAGCAGCAGACGCUCCGCAUGCACAUCGAUAUCCCCAGAGCCCAGCUUCUCAUCGAGGAGAGAGACACCAUGGAGACUGUUGAUGACAGGUCCACUGUGCUACUGACCGACAACGACUUCGGGGAGACACAGAAGCAGAAGUCGUCCACAGUCACCCACACUGUCCACUACCAAUCAAUCUCCCAGGCCACUGGUCCACUGGUAGACGUGUCUGAUGCCAGACCAGGAACUAGUAAGUCCAGGGGCGAGCUGGUUCACCUUCCUCCCUAUCUGCGCAUGGACUUCCUGUUAAACCGAGGCAUGUCCUGCUCGGGGUCAUCUAGGGGGACAGCUAGUGGGGAGAGAGCGGCCAUGGGUCAAGCCUGCCUUGAGCCCCAGAAGAGCCGCUCGCUGAAGCGGCCCUCUCGGAUGGCGCCCCCGACACCUACAGAGGCCCCUCAGGCCAGCAGGGACCCAGUGGCCCAGUGGCAACCCGGAUCAGCGGCCACACUCCCCCACAGAGAGGGCUCAGAGCUGGCCCAGGCAGCCAAGCUCAGCACCUCCCAGGAGUCCCUGCUGGACUCCAGAGGACAUCUGAAACAGAGCAGCAACCCCUACGCAAAGUCUUAUACGCUAGUAUAACAGCAGGGGCACCUGGGGCGGGACUAGAACUCACUCUAACACUGGACUUAACACUCAAGUGCAGUAAACUGACUUUCACCACACAGUUCUGUAUAUAUGUCCCCUCCCUCCGAGGACGGGGUCACUUUUACUAAUGUCCUUUUAUUUAUUUUAGGCUUUUCUUUUACCUCUUGUUUGUAUUUUUUGUUUUGUUUUGUUUAUUUGUUUGUAUCACUUGAGAAAAAAAAUGUCACUCAUUUGGAGAUGAGUCCAGUCGGAGCUUUGCCAAACUAAUUGAGUAACGAGGGAGCGUUUAUUUAUUCUUGUUCAUUCUUUAUAAGGAAUCGGUGAUUAUUAAUUGUUAGUUGUCAGCUAUUAUUGAUCAUUAAUUACUGAUUACCAAGUGAUCUAUUAUCACCAUCACUUCUCCAGUGUUUUCAUAAGAACCUGGACAUCUUUUUUUUUCUUCCUCUUUGGUUUCUUUUCCUGGUUUCUGGAAGAUGACGAUUUGGAGUCACGUUUUUUCCUAUGGAAUUUUCUUCUGAAGCAUUCAGUGAAACUCGGAGAAAUCUCGGAACAAAAGCAAUUGAAACUAGAGUCCAAACUUUUCAGCUGCUCUCAAAUUGUUACUUUUUUUGAAGAAAAAAAAAAAUCUAUUUCCUAUGGAUGCAUGGGGACUGACCAAUUAAAAGACAAUGAGGAUUACGAUCACGGCUGGGUGGGCAGCCCAGUCGAGCAUUUUGUCACACUAUGAAAUGAUCCAAUGUGAAGAUUUAUUAUUCUUAUUACUAUAAAUAUAUAUAUAAAAAGAGAAAUCACUUUUAUUUGUGGAUAUUACAGGGAAGAAUUGAUUUGGUUAAUAAAGUCCUUAGUCAUGUUUGCACAUAUCUCAUUUUAAUUAGGAAAUGGAGUCUCUGUUGAUCUUUCUCUGUGUCCCAUUCUCUGAUGGUGCAAUAUGAAAAAAGAUAUGAAAAGUCUAUGGAAACUAUUGCUCUAUACUGUACUGUAAUGAUGAUAAAUAACUAUGUUGUGAGUAUACUUACAGGGCCGGACACACUCCAGCUUUUGUAUUCAGGUGUAGUUUACCACUGCUUGUCUGCCAGGUUGGUAAAUGAUGUUAGCUAGAACAGGGAGGUUUUUGAGUACUGAUGGUUUGCACUUCACAACAGCCCGACUCAAGUGUGUCCAGAUCCCUUCUCUCAGUGCACUAGGUAGAGUCUUCAGGGCUCUCACUGUCCUCAGUAGAUUUACUGUUGCUGCAUUGCAGCAAUGCUCCUCUACAGGGAAAACAAAACGUGAGACAAUCCAGCAGAAUUCCCCCCUUCGAACCAAACCUAUAAUGUCUAUGGGAAGUAUCUGAAAAAAAAAGUUCAUGUGGAUAUAUACGUAAGAAACUGUUUUUCUGUUCCUGUCUGCCCUGGCCCGUUUCUGUUCUCUUUCUUUCAGCCUGAGGGAUCCAAAAUGCUGUGAGGUCAUAAUGUCAGUUUCUAUGAUUAGUUUCUAUGAUUAACUGUCUUCAUUAUGAUUAUACAUUUUAACAAAAAAAAUGUCACUUUUUAUUUUUAACAUUGAGUGUUCACCAUGGUGGCACUGGAAUAAAGAGAAACUAACACAAAGGUUCAAAUUUGAUUAAUAAAAUGGCUGUUCCCCAAA